UCUGUCGUGAAUCUUUUCAGUUCCGAGAAAUGGAAGCGUCCUUGAGAGCGUUGUUGAUAGUGUUCGUCUUCCAGCGUGGAGAGGCCUCCGCAUCCUCUCAUCUCCUCCAAUUUUUUGUGACCUCCUCAUUUGAGAUUCCCGACUUCCCGCAGUUUCUGUCUGUCGGCUAUGUGGACGGCGUCAAGUUCAUGACCUACAACAGUGAUCGGCCGUUGGUUCUCCAGGACCAGUGGAUGAGUAAGAGUGAGGGGGUCAAGUGGUGGAGGAGGAAGCUGGAAUUUGUCAAGAGUCGGCAGAUUACACUGAAACAAUUUGCUUCAUUCAUAAUGUCUCAAACCAAUCAUUCACGUGGUUUCCAUACCCUGCAGCAGAUAUUUGGCUGUGAACUGAAGGAGGACGGGACCUCAAGUGGCUUCUCCCAUUACAGCUGGGACGGCGAGGAUGUGAUGCGCUUUGACCAGGGCCACAUGUUCUGGGUGACACCAUCAUCGUGGGCACAGAACAUUAAAAACCAGUGCACUGGUGAUGAGGUCCGUGUUAAGAGACUGAAGGACUUCCUGGAGAAGGAGUGUCUGCAGUGGCUGCAGAGAUACACAGAAUACGGAGAGAGGGAAUCGCGAGUGGUGCCUCCCCAGAUGACGAUCACGCCUUCGGCCAACAGCCUGCACCUCUCCUGCUUGGCCACCGGCUUCCACCCCCCAUCUAUCGAGGUGACCCUGUUGAGGAAUGGGACCAUCUUACCCGAGACCCAAUCCAGUGGGCUCCUGCCCAAUCACGACGGCACCCACCAGAUCCAGAAGUGGGUGCUGGUGGACCCCGCGGACCCGGGCCCGUUCUCCUGUCGGGUGGAGCACAGCGGACUGGAGGACGCCGUCACCCGGAUUUACAAGCGGGAAGCUCAAUCCCGGAUCCUAUUAAUAGUCGGGCUCCUGGCCAUCCUUGUGGUUCUCGCCAUCACCAUUGGUGCUGUGUACAGGUGGCGAGUGGGAGUGAAGAGGAAGUACAAUGCCACACGGACCACAGAUGAUGCAGGAUUUGCGGCAAGUUCCCUCAGCAGUACUUCAGGGCUGCGUAUUCUUUUCGGCUGCUUUGCUCCCGCGCGUUCGCAGUUCCAGACCGUGAUGCAGCCAGUCGGUACACUUUCAACAGGUAAUGUAUGUGGAAGUUUAUUCGGUGACAAGCCGAACAGGUCAUCGCUGCGAUUACACUUGACCAUCUGGGUCCCAGAUAUGGAGCGGACGAGUUCUCGCAGAGUGGUGGGGCUGAUAGUGUUGGCCUUCCUGUGCGACGCCGCCUCCGCAGAAUCUCACUCUCUCCGAAUUCUCCUGACGUCCACGACUGAGAUUCUGGAUUUUCCACAGUUAGUGGCUGUCACUAAUGUGGAUAGUGUCCAGUUUGUGGUUUACGACAGUAAGCGGAAGUUGGUUCCCCAGGAGCAGUGGAUGGUGAAGAGCGAGGGGGCCGAAUGGCAUAAGAAGUUGUCACUUGCUGAGGAGUGGGAGAGGACCCAGAAAAAACUUAUUCUCUUCAUAAUGUCUUUGACCAAUCAGUUGGGUGAAAUCCACACACUCCAGCAGGUGAUUGGCUGUGACCUGAGGGAGGAUGGGACCACGAAAGGCUUCACUCAGUACAGCUGGGAUGGAGAGGACCUGCUGAGCCUGGACAAGGACCACACAGAGUGGGACACAUUUGUAAUGUGGGCAGAGAGAAUUAAACACCAGUGGGAUCAGGACAUGGUCAACAUUGGGAAAUGGAAGUACUUCCUGAAGGUGGACUGUGUCCGGUGGCUGAGGAAGUUCCUGGCUUACGGAAGGAGGCAACUGCGAGUGGAACCUCCCCAGGUGACCUUCACCCUGUCAGCCAAAACCAGCACCCUCUCCUGCUUGGCCACUGGCUUCCGCCCCUCAUCCAUUGAGGUGACCCUGUGGAAGAAUGGGACCAUCCUCCCUGAGGCACACUCCACUGGGCUCCUGCCCAAUCACAAUGGCACAUACCAGAUCCGGAAGUGGGUGCAGAUUGAUCCCGCGGACCCGGCAUCAUUCUCCUGCCGGGUGGGGCACAGCGGACUGAAGGAUCCCAUCAUCUGGAAUGACGUGCAGGGAACUCAACCCUGGAUACAGCCUAACCUGCUGAGUAGCUCCAGCAUUUUCAGUGGGUUGUGCUGGAUUCCACUCUUCUUCGGGAUCAGGGCCAUUUCCGUCAUCAUUAUCCUCAUUAUCGGUGCCAGCUGCAGAAGGCGAGACUAGUGGUUCCAUUAGGAUAAGGACCAAGAGACUCCAGGGCUGUACCAGCUCAUCAUUCCAAGCCAACGCUCCUUGAUUUGAGAAGGCCUCUGCAUGUUUUCUUCUGGAACUGGAAUGGAAGGCUGGUGUUAUGGACAUCUCCAGCAAGUCAGAUUGUACUAGAGCCGAGACAUCAUGUUAACAGCCAGAACUGUCCAACACAGAGACAACAAAAGAGUGUGUAUCCUGUCAGAUGUCAGAAAUGUACGAUUACAAAUAUGUCAGAUUGUAGAUUUGGCAUAUUGCUGAUGUGUAGCACUACAGGCAUGUGGCCAAGUGGUUAAGGUGUUUGUCUAGUGAUCUGCAGGUCACUAGUUCGAGCCUUGGCUGGGGCAGCGCGUUGUGUCCUUGAGCAAGGCACUUAACCACACAUUGCGCUGUGACAACACCGGUGCCAAGCUUAAUGCCCUUCCCCUUGGACAACAUCGGUGGCGUGGAGAGGGGAGACUUGCAGCGUGGGCAACUGCUGGUCUCCAUGCAACCUUGCCCAGGCCUGUGCCCUGGAAACCUUCCAAGGUGCAAAUCCAUGGUCUCAUGAGACCACAAGAUAAGAGUUAUAAAGUGUAAUUAUUUAAUCGUUUAUUGUGUGUACUGUCUGAUAUUUUGCAUUGUGGGUUUGAUCCGGGGUGUAUUACACAGCAUCUACGUAAACAUGAGUGCACAGUUUGGCGGGGCAGAUGGCACUUUCCCUGAGAUGAACGUGAGUUAAUCGAGCCAUGUGUUACACCUGGGAUUACGUGUGUGUGGGAUUAGCGAUAUGUGAGAUGCACAUGUGGUAUUGCUGAGUUGUCCCCUUGUGACCAUGUGGAAUUUCAGAUGUGCAUGUAUGAGAUUGCAGACUUGUCUGAUUCUGGAUGUGCCCAAACAUGAGUUUGUGGAUGUGGAUAUGGGUAGUAUAGAGAGAUUAAUAAAAGAAUGUGUUAACCAUCGUACUUCAUCAUCCAUGAUCCUACUGACAAUGAGGUGGUGCUGGCAAAUUUAAAACAUGUUAAGACUUAUCACGGAGGAUAAAUUCUCUUGGUUCAUACCAAAUGUAUCUGAGCACAUUGUUGGAAGCCAGAGAAGAAAUUGCUGGGUGUUGUUGGAGAUGCUUGUAAAUACGUUAGCCACACAGAGAGGGGCCGGGGUGACUGAAGGGUGCCUAAUACUGUGAGGGCAAGCCAAGAAACCACAGGCCAGUGAGCCCGGCAUCAGUGUGGGAAGGCAAGGAUUUGGGUUGCUCAGUAUGGCAUUGCGUGUGUGGGGAAAAUCAUAUCUCAUGAAUGUGACUGAGUUUAUUUUUGAAGAAGUGAUCUGGGUCUGCCGAGUGCGAUAUGACUCAUAUCAUCUUCACGGGCCUUUGACGAGGUCCCAGAUUGGAGGCUGUUCCAGAAGGAUAGAUCACAUAAGGAUUGAGCGUGUGCUAGCCAAUUAGGUAAUAAAUUGGCUUGGUGGUACGAGUCAUAGUGGACACUGCUGAAGGAAUGAGCUGCCGGAGGAAGUGACUGGGAAAGGUCCAGAAUCAGAUUCAAUUGUCACCGGCAUUCAUCGUGAACUGUGAUAACUUUACGGCAGCAAUACAAUGAAAUACGUGAUAAACUGAUAUAGAAAAGAAAACUAUUAUACUAAGGAAAUGUGUGUCUGUUAAAGUUAAGUUAAAAUUUAAAAUAAAGAAAAUAAAAAAAAGUAAUGAGGUAGUCUUCGUGGGUUAAUGUCCAUUUAGAAAUCAGGUGGCAAAGUGGAAGAAGCUGUUCCUGAAUUGCUGUGUGUGCAUUCAGACUUCUGUACCUCCCACUCCAUGGUAACAAUGAAAAAUGGACGUAUCCCGGGU